AUUUUCGUGGCGGCAGCGGCACUAGAAGGAACCACGUCAGGCCGCACCAGAGCAGAUGCAGAAAGCAACUCUGUUGUGGAGGAUGAAGAUCAUUCUGCAGGAAUCAAACUGCAACAACUACACGACCGCACGACAGCACGAGGAGGGGCGCAGGCGCAGCAUCAGCUUGAAGAUGUAGAUGGUGAAAACAACAUUACGUCGGCACUUCAGAUGAGAAGUAGAACGGUACUAGCGCAAGAAGGACCACAAGCAGAAGUAGACUUGGCAGAAGCCCUGGAGGUGGAACAAGCUGCAGGCAGUCCAACAGAUGACCACGACCUGGUAAACUUUUCGCCCGAGGACGAGAAUAGUGAGCCUCAAGAUCAUCUUCAAAGCGGUGCGGGAGGAGAGCAAGAGCAUGAUGGAAGAAGUUCUUACCUAGAUGAUGGUGCUGGUGAUGUUCUUGUACCACGGCUAUUACCACAAGAACAAAUCGACCUUGGUCGUGGUGGUGGUGGAGAAAAAAAGACUACUACUAAAAGCUCUACUUCUACUUCCCCCACCACAGGAGCUGCCGCUUCUCACAUCAUCAACUCUCGUCCACCCGGAAGUAGCAGUUCAUUUGUGGACGAGUUCUUCCUGGAGAGCGACGGCGGGUCCUGGACAACAUCUUUAGUACCCGCAAGAACUAGUACACCAGCAUCUUCUUCACCUAGCCCGGGCGAGGGCGGUGGUCCUCGGGAUGAAGGAUGUAGUGAAGAAGACGAAGCAGGUGAAACUGGAACCACAGGUGGAACAACUACAAGGUGUAGCGGAAUUGUUACGCUGAAAGCUUCAACAUCUUCUGUGGUGCCAGACGUACAACAUCGUGCCUCCGGACAGCAGAAGCUGUCAACAAGAACUUUCGCUUCUUCUACUGCAGCACCUUCUACAACAAAAACUUCUCUCGCAAGGACUACAACUCCCGAGUCUUUUCUCCAAAAAUUUUUCCGGCAGCGUCGAGAAAGCGAAAAGCAGAAAACAAGUCGGAAAAUUGGAAAGAUGGCCAGGGAAGAAGUAGAGCAUCAAGUGCAAGAACGCGACGGGUAUCAAAUGAAAAAAUGUCUGGGUCUGGAAAGUUGCAACUUGUGUUGCUGCCUUUGGAAGGUAAAAAAAAUCUGUAUUGCAUGACCAGCAAGAGGAGCUCAGUUUGUGCUACGCGGAGUGGGCGUGUCUCAUGCGGAAUACGCAUCAGAUUCAGAAGGCCCUUAUAAAAAUCUAUGAUGCAGCUUGGUCAUGCAUUACAGGCAUCAUGGGUUGUGCAGAAUAUGCAUGACAAACCUGGCAGUCUUCCAGACCCAGACAUUUCUGCACUUGAUAACGGGUCGUACAGUUCCAAUGGCGACGAGGACGAGGAUGAGGACGGGCACUUUUUGGGUAGAAAAGAUCCGAAGAAGGUCGCCCUCGAGAAACGUCGGAAGGAGGCGAAGCGUCUCGCGCUGGAGGAUUUUAAGAAGAAACCGAAGCGGCGCGUGUACGUGGCCAGCUACAACGUUCUGUCGCUGCUGCAACACCGCAGCUCGGGGGGUCCGGACCUGCGUUCCAUGAAAUACCAGCUGCCAGACAAAAACAAAUUUUUUCAAAAGUUUCUUAACAUAGCGGAAAAAGACUUGCGAGCUGCAAAGUCAACGGAGCGGCCUGCUGCGAUGAAGAAACAGAAGGAUUACCUCCGCCUGGAGUUGGCCUGGAAGGAAUUUGUUAACGGCCAAUUGUGGACGCGGUACCCACUUACCUACUCGCAGCUGAGGGCCGUCGAGGGGUUAUCCUGAGUAAAAACGUCCCCACCCCAUAGUCAAGAUGGGGACUUUGCAACACAAAUCUAGGAGUUUUGGGAGUCACGCAUGACAAGUUGCAGUCCGUAGUGUAGUGCAGGGUAGCAAGUGCAGCCGCAUCACAGAUCCAUCUGCGUAUCCUGUUCACAGCAUCACAAAUUCCAAAACACGACUGGAAAUGUCUACCAUGGCUAUGCGCAUCACAAGUGUCGUUGUCAUUGCAAAUCCGCAUGCACAACCGCAAACGCAAGCGCCACAACUUUUAGCUGCGCAAGAACAACAGCCGCCGGCCCAGAUGAUGGUAGGAAUACGGAUGGGGAGGCCACUUAACGCACUAGUAGCUCUACUGCAUGAAGUGAACGAACAACUAGACCAAGGAGCAGAAGAUGGCCGAGAACGAGAGAUAGACGAUGAGGAGGAGGCGCGAGGCAACGCUGCAAUCCUACCGAACCCCAAGUACUACAUCAGGACUAAAGACAUCAAGAGGACGAUGCGAAGGGCGUGGAACAGCAUCAGAAAAUGUAAAGAAGAACGAGAACGCAAACGGAUCCCGGAGGAGGCAGCGACGGGGAGAAGCUGCUGCAAGGGCGCCGAUACGAAAAAGGCAGACGAGGGUAUAAUGAACGGAAGUAGAGGUAUGGUUUAAAUAAAGACUGCUGUUCUAUUUCAUAGUAAGAAAUUAAAUUGUUGAUCACAUUCACUGUUAAGGGCAGGAGGAUAGAAGAGGAGAAGCGAAAAUAUAAGGAAAAGGGAAAAGAGGCGCGAGAUACGAACGGGUCUGCAAGCUCCAUUCUAUGUACUUAGCUGCCGCGACAUAGAAUGGUACCCGUCAGGCUCGGGGAGCUACUCUCUAUGAAAUUGAUGCAGGGCACAGACUUCGAAUUCACUUUCCAUAAAACAAGGGCUGGACGGGACAGGUACUGACGUCGAAGCGCUCUGCGCCUGAGACGUCACACAUAGCAACAGAGAUCAAACGGGCGCCCUGAUUCGAUAACUACGCCGAUGUUGCUAUCUGGGACCAACAUGCAGUCGCAUCGCACACCCGGGAGAAAUAUAGUCAGAUCAUCUAACAAGAAAAGGGAAAGACACGCAACUAGGAACGGCGCGCUUUUGUGCAUCUACUUCUCAUCGAGUCCAGCAGAAUGAGCCAAGGACACUGCCACCAAAUCGACAACGGCCGCCCCGGGGUGGUAAGUGUCGACCAGACCGACGGCAACAUAUUCUGCUGGGUGUGGGGAGUAGAUUUCCAAAAGAGGAGGGAAGUAUGUCUGAAUAUGCAUGAAAAGCAUGGAGAUAGUGACCCUGAGUUACCUUCAUUUUUUCCGAGGGAAAAGUUUUGCAUGCGAAGGUAAAGCAGGCUCGCGCUGCAAAUCAGUGGGAGGAAUGGAUAAGUUAUAGAUUCAGGAAAAUUCUUGGCUAUUUGUAUGAUUUGCAUCUCUAUGUAUGUAGCAACCUUCACGUGGUGAAGCGUCCGCCAAAUUGUAUGAAAAUUGUAUGAGAGAUUCCUGUUGCUAUAAUUUCUGGCAUCAUUCUAGCGGCAAGAAUUAUACCAAUCUAAACCUCCGCCGAAAUGCAGAGAGACAUACUCGAGGCAGGGCGUCUACCUCUUUGCGUGUAAGGGCACCCGGCCCCUUUUCCUUUUCCUCUUUUUUUUGCAUGCGGGUAGCCGAAUAGAGGCUGAGCCGCAUGCAAUCCAAAUCCGAUUUGCUUGCUGCUGCUAUGUAUGCUUUGUAUGUUUCCUGCCGCCUUGUAGUCGUUAUUAAGCACCUCGUCUUUGCCGCUCUUCGUUUGUUUUGUCCAAGGAGCUAGAUCGCAAAUUCGUGCGCUCCAUCGCCUAUGAAAAAUUAGAUCUUCCCUGUGCCCGGUGUUGUCCCAUGUAGAUUUAGGUCUCUACCCUUUUACAGUCUUUUGUCGUCUCCUCGCGCUUAGUCUUACUUGAUCCACGACUUGUAGCGCUAGUCGUUCCGCGGACCCCGCGUCCUCGCAGGGGCUUUUCUUUUUUUUUCCGCCUAGCCAGCGGGUUGUUGCUUGGGGGGGUGUCAGCUUUGCGUGGCAACUUUAUAUGCGUGCUUUAUUCCGGUUUUGCAUGACAAAGAUUUAUUGGCUUUACUACAGCACCCUGCAGACUAUCUGCUUUGACUGCGUAGAGGCAACCGGUGUAGUCUUCCUAGCGCACUAGUUUCGCCCGCUGCUACCGGGUCAGUAGUUAGAAGAAUUCAGGUUGCGCGGUCUCUAAAUGGUCCGUGGGGGUGGCUUAAGUUUUGACUGGGUGACUUGUUAGCUCUAGAAAAAGCUCGCUUUCGUAUUUCUAAGAACAGAAAUUUUGCAUGACAGAUUCAGGCUCAGCUAAGCCGGUGUAGAUAGUAUCCCCCCGCACUGCUAUGCCCCCAAACACAUCUUUCCGGACGCUGCAAGAUGGAGAGAUGUGGCGUGUGCCGCUGCUACCGGCUCGACACGUAAAGGAAAACGAAUCCGCGCGCUCGGCUUGGUAGCUACCCCCAUGCCGUUCGGGUUUUAGCUGCCACUGGCGUCAUUGAUCGGCGUCGCCAAUAUCUCCAUCCCGAUGAUUUCCAUCUCUACGUUUGUGUAUGGUGCAUAGGAGCUUGCUCCUUUUUGUGCCGCGGUGUCGGAGGUUUUGCAGCAUGCACGCACAAACAGCAUUUAUGGAAGCGGAGGGGGGGGCGCGGGACCCCCAUCAAGUCGUCGCGGCGCGAAGCCGCAAAUCCUUGGGCCACGUCUACCACCAGAAGUAUUCCGCCCGGGGGCCGCUCAAUCAAUAGGCGGGCGCGUCCUAUGCGGUCGGGUUUGAAAGGUACAGUCCGUGCGCCCGCAACUGCCGCAAGGCAUCGAAUCCGGGGGGUCAAUAUAAAUUUUUUGUAGUGUUUUUUGAUGCAAUGUAGUGACGAUGAUUCCGUAGCCUGGUUAGCCCGUCCAAACAGGGCAAAGAGCGCAGCGGCUUCCUGCGCAGCGGCUUCCUGCGCAGCGGCUUCCUGCGCAGCGUCGGUUCGUGCACGUGUGUCGCUCUUCGUUCGUUGCCUUCAGGAGCUUGAUCGUAAAUUCGUACGCUCCUUCUGCUUUGAAAAAUUUCGAUCUUCCCAUCUGCCCCCAUCUUCCGAUGUAGAUUUAGGUCUCUACCCUUUUACUUCUUCUCUCGUGUAGUGUUCGUUGUUGUUUUACCUGACCCGCCUGCUUAGCGCUAGCCCGCGUAGCCCGCAUCCUCGCAGGGGCAGCUGUUUUUUUUUCCGCCUUGCCAGCGGAGUUUGUCGCGGGGAAGAAUGCAGUCUGGGUUCAACCGUCCCUCCCUCCCGGGGUUCAACCGUCCCGCCCCUCCUCAUGUAAAUAGUGAAAAACUUCUCUUGCGUUUUUAGUCUAGUCCUUUUUCCGUAGAUCGUUUUUUAUGUUCGACCUUAUGGCAUCGGCGGCUGUCGCAUUAUGCGCCUGGUGUAGCUGUUCAAAGUCCCUCGGCAUAAGGGUCAUAGUCUCGUAUACAAGGCGCGCGGCAGCUAAAUGCGCGCUUGGUCGUUCUAGAAAAUUAGUACCAACUGACCCAUUAUCGGCCUAUAGUAUUCGUGGACCACCCCUUUGAGGAAGCGGGUGCGUUCGGUUGACCACUUUCAUAGGUUGGUCAUGGGGAAUUUAUUCCCCACCUGUCAUGCAUGUUGGGUCGCCGAAGUCUCUGUUUUGCAUGGCGUGCUCGAGUACCGGGGUGCUGGAAGACGAAUUAGUUGCUAAUAGAUAGAAUUGAAAAAUUUUACUACUCUUCGUGCAGCGGCUUCUGCGCAUAACUUUAGUCUCGACCUUUAGCCCCGCCCCCCCAAAAACAUUACAUAUUUUACUACGUCUCCAUCUACGUCCCAUCGUAGACGUCUGCCGCGGCUUUCGGCAUUAGACGUUAACUAAAACGAGUGCGUUGCGCGGGUUUAGGGUUCCCCCGGUUUGUAUCUCCCGAAGGCAUGCUUUGAAGGGUUUAGGGUUUCGAAAGAAUUUAUACCGCAUGACGCGUGACGGGAGCACGCAAUGUAAGCGCAGCGGGCGGGUACCGUUCUCGCCGUAACACAAUUCCAGAAAGAAAGAAAAGAAGUGAGCCCCUCCCGCAGGCAAAAAAAAAAAAAAAUCUGCAUGACAACUCUGGGGUGGGGACGUUUUUACACAGGAUAGGGGUGUGUCAAGAGCUACCCGGCAUCGAUGACGCCCUGGCGCGUGCCCGACAGUGCCGGUCUAUGCAUUGCAAAUAUGUCUGGGUCCUCUGGAAGAUUCUGAGACCUGUCAUGCACGUUUUGCAUGAGCCAUGAUGUCUGUGAUGCAUGCCCUAGCAUCACAGAUUUUUUCAGGGUUUCUUGAUGCCUAUUCCGCAUGACAAAGGUCCUCUCCGCGUUGCAAAAAUUCCAUUUCCUUUGCUGCCUAUGCAAUACAGAUCUUUUUGGAAUCCACACGCAGCAUCACAAGUUACAUCCACCUUCCAGGCCCAGACAUUUUUGCACUUGAUACGGUCGUCUUGCUUUCGAUCACGUCACGGCGCCGGGAGGAAAGUAUCUUCAGCAUCCGGCCAUGUGCACCUGGGACGCCGGGCAUUGGAUCGCGAAAUCGCAGUUGAGGUUCCCGUAUGAAAUGCAAAAAUGUCUGGGUCUGGAAACUUGUGAUGCUAAAAUGUGCAUGAUGACAACACUUCCGAAUGCAGUCCGGCAUGACAACUUCCCAAAACGCUUUCUCAUAGGCAAUCCGCAUGAGAAACUCCGUUUUUGCAUGACAAAAGAGGCUGCGACUUUUGUUCGUUAUGCAAUACAGAUUUUCUAGGUAUGGAAAGCUAGCAUUACAAGUCCCAACCUUCCAGACCCAGACAUUUUUACAAUCUAUAUCCCGUUGGCGCUGCUGGGUGUGCAGGGCUGGCCCGAUGUGAAAACCAGCGUCUUGCCGCAGCAAGUUUCGUAUGGAUUGCAAAUAUGUCUUGGUUUGGAAGAAUGCAGAUGUUUGUCAUGCUUGUCUCACAUGACUCUUGAACCUGGAAUGCGUGAGCAGGAAAAGACCCUCUUACCUGUCAUGCAAAAAUGUAGUUUGUCUUUGUCAUGCGGAAAGCUAAACACAUAGGAGCCCAGAAACUUGUCAUGCGUGGCUGCCUAUUGCAGUGUUCCCACAAUUCACAAAUUAGCAUCACAAGUUUCCAGACCCAGACAUAUUUGCAAUGCAUAUGUCAAGGGGACGUUGGUCCUCGGCAGGGGAGCAGGAGCAGAGUUUGAUAUCAAGGAAAAAAACGUUGUUAGUGUAAGUUUGUGAUGCGCAACAUUCAAGCUGAUUGCGUCUGUCAUGCUUGGCAUGCGUCGUAGGGUUCAUCAAAGGGCGUUUUCAGAUAGUAUCUGCGCAUGACAGGUUUUUGCUGUCAUGCGAGAGAUAUUUGCCAUGCUGUUCCUCCAAAAAAGUUACACCUACAAUGUUUUUUUCUUGGAUAUUUGAGUCCGGAUGCUUACAAGUACGCCCUGCCCUUCGCUCAUCCGUUUUACGAGACCCGAGCGCGGUAUGGGAGUGUCAGGAUCGAAAUCGUCAAAGUUGAAAUAAUCUGUAAUGCAAAAGAGCGAUACCAGCUGGAUAGCCCAGUUUGCAAGUGGCGCAUGACAAAUUUUGGCAGCAUGGAAAUCCAAUUUGUCCUGCUGUUUGAGCAGAGAAGACUGCUUUGCUAUUUUAGCAGCUCUAUCUUACACCCCAAACUGGCUUAUAAUCGGCCUCAGUUGCCUGCUCUGCAAGACAGGCCCACUGCGUCUAGCAUUUUAUGCAUCACAAACUAUUUCAACGUUGACCAUUUCAAUCCUGACGCUUCCAUACGAGGGCCAGGACCUGGCUCCUUGACGGACUCAUAUCAACCGCAAAUUAUGAUAUCUGGGUCUAGAGGAAGAAUGCAAGUAAAGUUUGUCAUGCUUGUCUCACAUGACUCUUGAAUCUGUAAUGCAUGAGCAGGAAAGCAGCCUCUCACCUGUCAUGCGAAAACGCAGUUUGUCAUGCGGGAAGCGAAACACAUAGGAGCUCAGAAACUUGUCAUGCGCGGCUGCGUAACGAAGUGCGCCCACCAUUCACAAACUAGCAUCACAAGUUUCCAGACCCAGACAUGUUUGCAGGUCAUAACCCAACGCCAAGGAUCCGCAGCGCGAGUAUGGAUUGCAAAUAUCCCUGGAUGUCUGGAAGGUUGCAACUUGUGAUGCUGUCUCUGCAUUCCAAAGAAAUGUGUAUUGCAUGACCAGCAAGAGAGGUCCUGUUUGUGCUACAUGGAGAGGGCGUUUCGCAUGCGGAAUAGGUAUCAGGAAACCCUCUAAAGAUCUGUGAUGCUAGGUUAUGCAUUACGGGCGUCAUGGGUCGUGUAAAAUCUACAUGACAAGUCUUCCAUAUUUUCAGAACCAGACAUAUUUGCAUUUCAUAGCGAAGACGGCAACCGAUUGGCAAAGUGGCAACGAUUGGCAAAGUUUCAACCCGAUCGGAACGCGCGGUGGCAAAUUGGCAACGCGCACAGGUCGUGCGCCAUCUUGCUGGACCUCGACACGUUGAUGCGGGGCGGGGAAUAUCAAAUGCAAAUAUGUCUGGGUCUGGAAGAUUGCAAGGUUUAUUGUCAUCCACAUUUUGCAUGACCCGUGAUGUUUGUGAUGUAUGCCCCAGCAUCACAAAUUUUUUGCGGGCAUCUUGACGCCUAUCCCGCAUGAGAAAUCCCCCUAUGUCGCGGAGCAAAAACUGGACGCCUCUUGCUGCUCAUGCAAUACAGAUUUUUUUCCCUUCCAAAAAUAGCAUCACAAGUUCUUGCAUUCGUCCGGACCCAGUAGACAUUUUUGCAAUACAUAGGGAAAUGUCGAACGAGGGGGAGAGGGAGUACAACCCCGACGAGGCGGACGAGGGCGAGGGCCGGCCCGGUAUCACGAGGAAAAAUCCCCCCUCCCCAUAUCAAAAGGAAGUUUCUGAUGCUGGAUUUGCGUAUACAGAUCAGGUUUGUCUUGCAGUAGAGGACAGCAGGCUCCUGCCAAGCCUGAGUAGAGAGCUUUUGGCCUAGGCGCUUAGCAUGAGAAACGUCUAUGCUGUAGGCCCAGUAGCAUCACAAACCGCCUGCAUAAUGCGGUAGAGCCUGUGGAGUUGUCUUCUUGCAAGACAGACGUGAUUUGUGGCCUCAAAUCAGCAAGACAGCGCACCUGUUCGAUAUGGGGAGGGGGGAUUUUUCCUCUCAAUACCCGGCGUCGGCUCGCAGGAGCAGGGGCGGAAGAGAAACAAAAGCCGCGAUAA